UCUCAUUGCUCUGUGUCCGCAGCGGCGCUCCGUACAUGAACAUCAACCGAAUGAACGGAACGGAUGUCGGGCGGCGCUGCUCGGUUAAUUAAACACACCGUGGGCUCCGUCAUCACCUCGAGCGCAUCCGCCUCAUUUAUUAUACUAAGGGGUGAGUCUGAGGCAUGUCCACCCCAGAGCCCCCGUUAGGAGGGACGCCCUGUCCGGGGCCUUCGCCUGGUCCGGGCCCAUCUCCAGGGGCCGUGCUGGGUUCAGGACUGUCCCCUGGAUCCUCUCACAGCAUGAUGGGCCCCAGUCCUGGACCGGCCACUUCCACAGGACACUCCUUUCCUCAGCAAACAUCUGCGGGAUACAGCCAGGAGAGUUUGCACCAGAUGCACAAGCCUGUGGAGGAGAGCCUUUCAGAAGAUGCUCGUUUCAGUCAGAUGAAAGUCGUUCCAAUGAGGGCCGGUCACAGCGGGAUGACGCGUCCAGGAAGCCCGAUGGACCAGCACUCUCAAGGAUACCCGUCACCGCUGGGCGCUUCAGAGCACGUGUCCAGUCCUGUGUCUGCCAGCGGGCCUCCAUCCGGUCCCCUCCUGUCCACCUCCGGCUCUAGUUCUGCCUCGUUGGAGGGCGUGGAUGGCCAAACGCUGCCGCAGCAAAACCGCCCGGGAAGCCAAAGCGCCACCUCUGUCUCCGGCAGCAGUGCCUCAGGCUCCUCUGCCACCCCAACACCCUUCAACCAGAGCCAGCUGCACCAGCUGCGCGCUCAGAUCAUGGCCUAUAAGAUGUUGGCGCGUGGGCAGCCUCUACCAGAUCACCUGCAGAUGGCAGUGCAGGGUAAGCGGCCCAUGCCAGGCAUGCCACAGGGACCAUCCUUGUCCAGUUUGCCACCGGGUGGUGGAGGAAGUGCUGGUUUCAGCCGAGGACAUGGGAUGGUGGGACCCAACAUGCCUCCUCCUGGACCUUCUGGAGUACCGGCUGGCGUUCAGGGUCAGAACCACAAUGGACCCCCCAAGCCAUGGCCUGAAGGUCCUAUGGUCAAUGCAGCGACCCCCUCCAACGCUCCUCAGAAGCUGAUGCCGCCGCAGCCCACCGGACGUCCCUCACCUGCUCCACCGUCGGUGCCACCGGCUGCCUCACCAGUUAUGCCGCCACAAACCCAAUCACCAGGACACCUGGCCCAUCCAUCUCAGCCCACCACCAUGGUGCCGCUGCACCAGAAGCAGAACCGCAUAACGCCAGUUCAGAAGCCUUGCGGUCUGGACCCUGUUGAGAUUCUGCAGGAGAGAGAGUACAGGCUUGAAGCUCGUAUCGCACACCGUAUUCAGGAGCUGGAGAAUCUUCCGGGGUCUCUGGCUGGAGAUCUGCGCACCAAAGCAACUAUUGAGCUCAAAGCUCUCAGACUGCUCAACUUCCAGAGACAGCUGCGUCAGGAGGUGGUGGUUUGCAUGAGACGAGACACGGCCUUAGAAACAUCACUGGACUCCAAGGCCUAUAAGCGCAGCAAGAGACAGUCGUUACGUGAGGCGCGAAUCACAGAGAAACUAGAGAAACAGCAGAAGAUUGAACAGGAACGCAAACGCAGACAGAAACACCAGGAGUAUCUCAACAGCAUCCUACAGCAUGCCAAGGACUUCAAGGAAUAUCAUCGCUCCAUUACUGCAAAGAUCCAGAAACUGACCAAAGCCGUGGCCACGUACCAUGCCAACACUGAGCGCGAGCAGAAGAAGGAGAAUGAGCGCAUCGAGAAAGAGCGAAUGAGACGCCUGAUGGCUGAGGAUGAGGAGGGUUACAGGAAGCUCAUUGACCAAAAGAAGGACAAGCGUCUGGCGUAUCUGCUCCAGCAGACGGACGAGUACGUGGCCAAUCUGACAGAGCUUGUCCGUGCUCAUAAAGCUGUCCAGGCCCUGAAAGAAAAGAAGAAGAAGAAGAAGAAGAAGAAAAAGAAGCUGGAGAAUGCGGAGGGACAGACGGGGGCUCUGGGACCAGAUGGAGAGCCCCUAGAUGAGACGAGUCAGAUGAGUGAUCUCCCAGUGAAGGUGAUCCACGUGGACAGCGGGAAAAUUCUGACCGGAGUGGAUGCUCCUAAAGCUGGACAGCUGGACACAUGGUUGGAGAUGAACCCUGGUUACGAGGUCGCGCCACGCUCUGACAGCGAGGAUUCUGGGUCUGAGGAGGACGAGGAAGAGGAAGAGGAACCUCCUCAGCUUCUGCCCUCUCAAACUCCUGGGGAGGAGAAGAAGAAGAUUCCCGACCCGGACAGUGAGGACGUGUCAGAGGUGGACGCGCGUCACAUCAUAGAACAUGCUAAACAGGACGUGGAUGAUGAGUACGGUAGCGCUGCGUUCGCGCGUGGGUUGCAGUCAUAUUACGCUGUGGCUCAUGCAGUUACCGAGCGGGUAGACAAACAGUCGUCUCUGCUGAUCAACGGUCAACUCAAGCAAUACCAGAUCAAGGGUUUGGAGUGGCUGGUGUCUCUGUAUAACAAUAAUCUGAACGGGAUCUUGGCGGAUGAGAUGGGUUUGGGCAAAACCAUCCAAACCAUUGCGCUCAUCACAUACCUCAUGGAGUACAAGCGUCUAAACGGACCCUACCUCAUCAUCGUGCCACUCUCAACUCUGUCUAACUGGGUCUAUGAGUUUGAUAAAUGGGCUCCUUCUGUUGUCAAAGUCUCAUACAAAGGAUCUCCUGCUGCUAGAAGAGCCUUCGUACCGCAGCUGCGUAGCGGCAAGUUCAACGUGCUGCUCACUACUUACGAAUACAUCAUCAAAGACAAGCAGGUGCUGGCCAAGAUUCGCUGGAAGUACAUGAUAGUGGACGAAGGUCAUCGGAUGAAGAACCAUCACUGUAAGCUGACGCAGGUGUUGAACACGCAUUAUCUGGCACCGCGGCGGGUGCUGCUGACGGGGACGCCGCUGCAGAACAAGCUUCCAGAGCUCUGGGCGCUGCUCAACUUCCUGCUGCCCACCAUCUUCAAGAGCUGCAGCACAUUUGAGCAGUGGUUCAAUGCUCCCUUCGCGAUGACCGGAGAGAAGGUGGACUUGAAUGAGGAGGAGACCAUCCUGAUCAUUCGCCGCCUGCAUAAGGUGCUCCGCCCCUUCCUGUUGCGCAGGCUGAAGAAGGAAGUCGAGGCGCAGCUGCCUGAGAAGGUGGAAUAUGUGAUAAAGUGUGACAUGUCGGCCCUUCAGAGGGUUCUGUACCGACACAUGCAGGCCAAAGGAGUGCUGCUAACCGACGGCUCCGAGAAGGACAAGAAGGGUAAAGGCGGCACUAAGACUUUAAUGAACACCAUUAUGCAACUGAGGAAGAUCUGUAAUCACCCCUACAUGUUCCAGCAAAUCGAGGAGUCAUUUUCUGAGCAUCUGGGUUUCUCGGGCGGUAUAGUUCAAGGGGCUGACCUGUACCGAGCCUCAGGAAAAUUUGAGGUGCUGGAUCGUAUUUUGCCCAAAUUACGGGCGAGCAAUCACAAAGUGCUGCUCUUCUGUCAAAUGACCUCACUGAUGACCAUAAUGGAGGAUUAUUUUGCUUACCGCAACUUCAAAUAUCUUCGUUUGGAUGGCACAACCAAAGCAGAGGAUCGUGGGAUGCUGCUGAAGACCUUCAAUGAUCCGGCCUCUCAGUACUUUAUAUUCCUGUUGAGCACCAGGGCAGGUGGACUGGGCCUCAAUCUACAGAGCGCCGAUACCGUCAUCAUAUUUGACAGCGACUGGAACCCUCAUCAGGACCUCCAGGCGCAGGAUCGAGCCCAUCGAAUCGGACAGCAGAACGAGGUGCGGGUUUUGCGUCUCUGUACCGUGAACAGUGUAGAAGAGAAGAUCCUGGCAGCUGCUAAAUACAAGCUGAAUGUCGACCAGAAGGUGAUCCAGGCCGGCAUGUUCGACCAGAAGUCGUCGAGUCAUGAGCGCCGAGCGUUUCUGCAGGCCAUUCUGGAACACGAGGAGCAGGACGAGGUCAGGAGUAUCACUCUCCCUGCGUAUAGUAGGCGACAAACAGAAGAAGACGAGGUGCCGGACGAUGAGACCGUAAAUCAGAUGAUCGCCAGGAGUGAAGACGAGUUUGACCAGUUCAUGCGUAUGGAUUUGGAUCGACGCCGCGAGGAAGCUCGCAAUCCAAAGCGAAAACCCCGUCUCAUGGAGGAGGACGAGCUGCCCACGUGGAUCAUGAAAGAUGAUGCAGAGGUGGAAAGACUCACCUGUGAGGAAGAAGAAGAGAAGAUGUUCGGCCGUGGCUCCCGGCAGAGAAAAGAGGUCGAUUACAGCGAUUCGCUCACAGAGAAACAGUGGCUAAAGGCUAUUGAGGACGGGACUCUGGAGGAGAUCGAGGAGGAGGUGCGACACAAGAAAACGGCUCGGAAGAGGAGGCGCGAUCGGGAUCCGGAUGCCAUUCCUUCCACUUCAGGUGCUCGUGGAGGGAGAGACAGAGAUGACGACAGCAAAAGACAGAAAAAACGAGGUCGUCCGCCAUCCGAGAAGCUUUCGCCGAACCCUCCGUCACUCACCAAGAAGAUGAAGAAGAUUGUGGAUGCUGUUAUUAAAUACAAGGAGAAUAACGGUCGUCAGUUGAGUGAGGUGUUCAUCCAGCUGCCGUCGCGGAAGGAGUUGCCCGAGUACUACGAGCUGAUCCGCAAACCUGUGGACUUCAGGAAGAUCAAGGAGCGCAUCCGGAGUCAUCGGUACCGCAGCCUUAAUGAUCUGGAGAGAGACGUGAUGCUGCUGUGUCAAAACGCACAAACCUUCAACCUCGAGGGCUCACUGAUCUACGAGGACUCUAUCGUGCUGCAGUCGGUGUUCACCAGCCUGCGCCAGAAGAUUGAAAGAGAGGAAGAGAGUGACGGAGAGGAGAGUGAGGAAGAUGAAGAGGAUGAAGGCUCUGAUUCAGAGACUCGGUCCGUGAAGGUGAAGAUUAAACUGAGCCGCAAGGACAGAAGCGCAGAGCGUGGCAGAGGACGCAGGAGAACCGCGAGAACCCGUGCAAAACCCGUCGUUAGUGACGAUGACACUGAUGAGGAGCAGGAGGAGGAUCGAUCCAACAGCGCCAGCGAGGAGGAGCAGGGAUGAAGAUCCACAGCAAACCAAUAAAGAAAUAAACUCAUCAUACAGUAAAUGAACACCAACAUCCCCGUCACCUCACAAUGCUUUCCACCCAGAAUAAUUGUACAUUUACACAUUCAUUAUGCGUUUGUGAAGAAAGAAAGAAUCUCUGUGCCUGUAUUGAGAUGUUGUGGCUGUCGAUGCGUUUGCUUUUUAAAAUCUCACAGUGAAGCUGAGACUUCAAACCUAUGCGAGAAGCUGUUUAGACAUGUUUCUGUGACACUGAAUAUUAGACAUUGCCAUUAUAGAAGAGCAACAUUUGUGAUCAUCUGUCCAAUAAUUUAGUAUGAACCAGUAACCUGUCAAUUAAUUGCACUAGUGUGUUAUUUGCAUGUACAGUAGAUGUAAUAGUAUAGAAGCAGCCUGUUAUUAUAUGAUCAUUAUUUUGCUGUAAAAGCCGUUUGUGUGUUAUGUGAUGAGUUUUAGGGCCGUUCACACUGACCCCGUUUACAAGCACUUGAGGGUUCUUGCAGACACUCUGAAACCUCAUGUACAAGAAGCGGUUUAAGGGGCUGUUCACACAGAACGUGUUUUUGCAUUCCAUUUAGCUGCUUUUCCAUUGUUUUUCUAUGUAAACUGCACUCACAUCUCGCUUCUUUUGCAGCGUCUCGCACGUGACACGGCAUUCUAAAAACGCGUUUCACGUUAAGUGUUUUCCCAUAGAAAACAAUUAUGAAGAAAACUCUUGGCUUAAUGUACUAAGACAGUGAAAUUAAAAGAUGAAACUCACUAUACACCUUAUUGAUGAUGAACACAAUAUGAACACAAUGUGCUAAAUUGCACAUUAAGCGUUUUCUUUAUAAUGGUUUUCUAUGGGAGGAAAAUGUGAAACUUUGCUCGUUAUGUUCAUAUUCUGGGUAUGUUUUAUUAAUAAGCUAUAUACUGAAUUUGCUAUUUUAAUAUAACUGUCUUGAGGCAUUAAGCCAUGCUUCAUGGGCAAUUUAACUCAUUGUGUUCAUAUUCUGUGAUCAUCUGUUUAUAUAUGUAUAUAUGUGUGUUAUGUGUUAAAGGGACCAUCAAAAUAAAGUGAAACCUCACUUUGUAAAGAAACACUACGCACCUAUAGACUGAACACGUAAUACGCAUGUGCAUUACAUGUUUACACAGAGAUGAUAACGGUAUCAUUUUCAAAAACUUGUACUUUAGAAAACCGUUUUCAAAAGUUUUCAGGCCUCCAAAAUGAUGUUGACAUGUAAAUGAAUGGCCAAAAUGCAUAAAAAGUUUUCAGUUUUUAGUUCAAAUCUGUCAUGUAAACAGCCCCUCGGUUUAGUCUUUUUAUAUCACUGUAUUAUUCCAUUAAGCCACAUUAAGCGUUUUUCAUGUUAAAGGGUUAGUUCACCCAAAAAUGAAAAUUCUGUCAUUUAUUACUCACCCUCAUGCCGUUCCACACCCUUAAGACCUUUGUUAAUCUUCGGAACGUGAAUUGCGAUAUUU